AUGCCAGGGGUGUGGAGGUUGCUACGUAUGCUGAUCUAUAUGAUGGUAGGUGCGAAGAACGUAAAAUGUAACAGCGACAUUUGGCCGCUGGAGAGGCCAGAGGGAAUGCCAGCCAUACAAUCCCUCGAAGUGAUGUGCGGAAAGGAUCACAUGGAUGUGCACCUCUCGUUCUCCCAACCCUUUGAGGGCAUCGUCUCGUCCAAGGGCCAACACGCCGAUCCACGAUGCGUCUACGUUCCACCGUCCACAGGGCAAACUUUCUUCUCCUUUCGGAUAGCGUACGCGAGAUGCGGUACCAAGCCAGAUAUGCACGGACAGUUCUACGAGAAUACCGUUGUCGUUCAAUACGACAAAGAUUUACUCGAGGUCUGGGACGAGGCGAAACGAUUGCGAUGCGAGUGGUUCAACGAUUACGAAAAGACCGCUUCGAAACCGCCGAUGGUGAUCGCGGACCUCGACGUAAUACAGUUAGACUUUAGAGGCGACAACGUGGAUUGUUGGAUGGAAAUUCAACACGGCAAGGGACCCUGGGCACCUCCAGUUUCGGGAAUAGUACCGCUUGGCUCUACUCUCACCCUGGUCGUCGCUAUAAACGAUUAUCGAGGGGAGUUCGACAUGCGUGUGAAAUCAUGCGUGGCCUCUGACGGCGGUGGACACACGAUACAGUUGAGCGACGAGUUUGGAUGCGUGCUCAGGCCAAAGAUGAUCAGCCGAUUCUUGAAGGCGCGAGGCUCCGACGAUCGGGCGACAGUCAUCACUUAUGCCUUCUUCCACGCGUUCAAGUUCCCGGACGCGUUGAGCGUGCAUAUCAAGUGCAAGGUCGAGAUCUGUCGUCACGGUUGUUUGGAUCACUGUCAACUCAGUGGAUCCGUUGGCCACUAUAUUCAAGAGCGUAAGGAUCAGCUACGACCGCAAUACCCACAGACCACAGUGCCGCCCACCGUUCACAACGACGACAACAACAGUGCCGACAAGAAUAACGAAAACGUGGCGGGAGUAGGAGGAGGAGCUGAGCAAAGCGACGGUUCCCUUUACGACGACAUCAUUCAGGAUGGCGAUGAAAUGACCUCGAUAGGGGGUCAUUUCUUGGGUGUGGAAAAAUCGGUUCCAAAGGCACAAGCGCAGACGAGUAACCGGCUACCAGCGCCGGUAGUGGAGGCACCCAACGAAGAAGUUCAUCCUGACGAUACUGAUCUCUCGGGACCGUUCUUAGAUCCUCCGAGGGUGACACGAUACGAGAGCGAGCAAGAUCAAUUCCCUCACGGACCGCGUAAUCUCGAGGAAGACAGCGCCGCGAUACCAAUGACACCUCUCUCGUCUCCGAACGGCAGACGAAAGAGAUCGGUGGUGGUGUCCGAUAGGAAAAUCCGCAGCGCCGACGUUGGCGUGAGCGGUUUGUACGAGGUGAUCUCGGAGGCUGAUCUAGCGUUUAGCCCGGACACUCACGCGGAAGCUGUGACAGUCUUCCAAGGUAGAAUACGCGAAGAAGUGGUAUACGGUAUCUGUCUGCCGAUGCCAGGUUUCAGCGCGCUGUUCAUCGUCGUGGCGUUAUCCGCGGUGAUAUCCGCUCUGGUCGCCGGAGCGAUGCUCCAUCGGCUGCAAGCUCAACGCGAGGCGGUCGACAGCAGGAAGAACAAUAGGGCGGUGCAUUCUACAAACGGCUGGCUACCAUACGGGUUGUUGCGCGUUCGCUGCACGACGAGACCAGCUCCACCUCAUCCGGAACAAAUUCAACAAAAACAAACGAGUCCGGUCGUCACGAGUCCCUCGGUAGAGAGAGGCUGA